AUGGCUACAUCAUCAUCAGACAGACCAGAACGUGGGUACGAUGACGAUGAGGUUGAAACUUGGAAGUUGCUCGAGGAAAAUGAAGGGGGAUUUGGCUUUUAUACGGAUGAUCUGUUUAUCGGGAAGUUACCGGCUAUAGCACGUGGAGUGAAGCGUAGCGAAAGUGGACAGUUACCGGUUAUUGCCCUUUGCGUGGCAAUGCGUAGCCAAAUCCGAACCAUUUAUUGGUUAGUGCGUAAUAGAUUCAGAAAGAGAGAGAAUACAGUGGAUGGCUCAGAUUUCCGCUACGAAGGAUAUGGUGCUAUAGAGGCAGCAGAGAAUUCUGGUUCUCAGUUUGAUCCCAUCCAAAACUGUAGCCACUACCACUAUAACAAGAACAGGUAA